AUGACUUGGUCUACUCCCCAAAGCUUAAACAAAGAAGUACCAAGUAUCUCUGGAUCGGAAUGGGAAUCACUUGUGAUCCAGUCCACAGUCCCGGUGAUGGUUAUGUUCACAUCCGUUUGGUGCGGACCAUGUCGGGUGAUAGACCCCGUACUGGACCAAAUGGACGUGCAAUUCACGGAUCGGUUCAAAUUCUACAGAAUCGACAUUGAAAAGGAGUCAGACAUCGCAAACCGUUACUUUGUACGCUCUGUCCCGACAACAAUUGUUUUCCUACACGGAAACGAUGUGGCUAGAGUUCCCGGACUUGAUAUACAAGGAUUAUGGGACAUCGUGGAUCGAUACGCGAAUUGA